CUGCAGUUUUUUAUGCAAAGAAAUCAAAGAUAGGCGUCUCUAUUCUCUGGUUUUGCUCUGUUCUCGUCAUUUUUCAUCACACGCCAUUCCCUUCCAUUUCCAUGGCCUCCCACGCUUUCUCUUCUCCUCCAAUUCUCUCAAACUCCCUUCGUUACUCUCUCCCCAUUACCUGAAAACCUUUCACUUCUCUCCACAACCCUUUCUUAUACAAACCCCUUCUCUUCUCUUACAAUCAUGCCAGGAUCUACGUCUUCUGAAGCAAAUCCAUGCCUAUUUCAUUCUCUCAUCUGGGUUCGACACGGUUUUCAUUGCCUCCAAGCUCAUUCGUUUGUACGCCAAGUUCAACGACCUUCCCAGUGCAGUCUCUGUUCUCAACGCCUUCCCGCACACCGAACCCAUGCUUUGGAAUUCCAUCAUCAAGUCCCAAUUUGACUCAGGUUUGUUCCAAUCUGCCAUUAUGUUGUAUAAAAACAUGAGGGAGGUGGGAGUUGAGCAUGAUGGGUUCACGUUUCCGAUUCUUAACCAUGUCGUUAUGUCGAUUUGCGUUGAUGUAGUCUAUGCGGGAAUGGUUCAUUGUGUUGGAAUUCGAAUGGGGUUUGGUUCUGAUUUGUAUUUCUGUAAUACCAUGAUGGAGGUUUAUGCGAAAUGUGAGUGUUUGGGUCAUGCACGCAAAGUGUUUGAUGAAAUGCCUAAUAGAGACUUGGUCUCUUGGACGUCCAUGAUUUCUGCAUAUGUUAAUAGCGGUGUUAUUGUUUGUGCUUUGAAUCUUUUUGAGGGAAUGAGGAGGGUGUUGGAGCCGAAUUCGGUGACCAUGAUGGCAAUGCUGCAAGCUUGUUGUGUUACUGAGGAUUUGGUUCUGGGAAGGCUGAUUCAAUGUCUUGUGGUUAAGAAUGGUUUAUUGUUUGAUGUAGGUCUGCAGAAUUGGUUCUUACGAAUGUAUAGUCGACUAGGUGGGGAAGAUGAAUUUGUACGUGUUUUCUCUGAAAUUGAUUGCAAGAAUGUUGUUUCUUGGAAUAUUUUGAUAUCUUUUUACUUCUCCGUGGGAGAUAUUGUGAAAGCUGUUGAUAUCUUCAAACAAAUCAUGAGUGGUGAAGUUCCACUCAUCAUUGACACAUUAACCAUACUUAUAUCAGCAACAAAGACAUCUGAAUCCAUGUGUCUGAUCCUAGGUGAAAAUCUGCACUCUCUGGCAAUUAAAACUGGUCUCUAUGAUAGCAUUCUGCGGACUUCAUUGUUGGAUAUGUAUGCCAAGAUUGGGGAGUUGGACAAUUCAACUAGGCUGUUUAACGAAAUUCCUAAUAGGAGCAUCAUUACUUGGGGGGCCAUGAUGUCUAGUUUUAUUCAAAAUGGACACUUUGAUGAGGCAGUAGACAUCUUCAGCCAAAUGCAAGCUGCUGGCUUGAAACCCAGCCUUGGAAUUUUGAAACACUUAAUUGAUGCUUACGCCCAUUUGGGUGCUCUGCAGCUGGGAAGAGGCAUACAUUGUUACCUCAUCCGAAUCCAUGGAUUGGAGAUUUGUAAUACCCACUUAGAAACGUCUCUUAUGAACAUGUAUGUAAGAUGUGGAAGCAUUGCUUCUGCUAGAAAAUGUUUUGAUUUGAUCAUAGUUAAAGAUGUUGUGGCGUGGACGUCCAUGAUUGAGGGAUAUGGCGCUCACGGACAAGGUAUCAAUGCCCUCAAUCUAUAUCACCAUAUGAUGAGUGAAGAAGUGGCCCCAAACAGUGUCACGUUCUUGAGUCUGCUAUCUGCUUGUAGCCACUCUGGCCUUGUAAGUGAGGGCUGUGAAAUCUUUUAUUCAAUGAGGUCAAGGUUCAAUAUUAAGCCUGAUUUAGAGCAUUACACUUGUUUUGUUGAUCUUUUGAGUAGAUCAACAAGAGUAAGAGAGGCCUUUGCUAUUAUAUUGAGAAUGACAAAUCUCUGUGAUGGUAGGAUUUGGGGUGCUCUUAUGGGUGCCUGCCGGGUGUAUGGAGACAAUAAAAUCGCUAUCUAUGCUGCACACAGGCUUCUUGAAUUAGAACCUGAUAAUGUAGGCUAUUAUACUCUGUUGAGCAAUACACAGGCUAGUGUUGGGCAGUGGCAUGAAGUUGAAAAACUACGUAGUGUUGUGUAUGAGAAGAAUCUUGUCAAGAAACCAGGUUGGAGCUUCAUUGAGUUAAAUGGAACCAUUCAUGGGUUUGUUUCAGGAGAUAGAUCACACUGCAAGACCGAUCAGAUUUAUGAUCUAUUGGUAUAUCUUAAUAGGAUAGAAUAGGGAAAGGGGCUGUGUGAGGUUCCACAUUGGUUGAGGAUGCUAGUGGUGACCUUGGGCUGUUAUAAAUGGUAUUCGAGUCAGACACUAGGCAAUGUGCAAGCGAGGAGGCUGAGUCUCGAAUGGAGGUGUACACGAGGCGGUGUGUCAGCAAGGAUGCUAAGCCCCGAAUGGGAGUGGAUUGUGAGAUCUCACAU